UUUGCCCUCAUGAUCCAUUCAUUUGCGGAGUCUGGGUACCCUUUCCAACAUAUCAGGUAUUGGUACCCAUGCCCUCGCUUCCUUUUGUCAAGAAUUUCCUCAACUUUGUACUCUUCCUGCCCUUCUAUUAGGUUAGGUGGUGGUUGUUCAAAGUUGGGGCCAUGGGCAACUGUUUCUUGA